UACACUUGGAACAAUACAGUCAGGAAAGUGCCAUUCUCUUGGCAACCGCCAAACCCAGACACAUCCAUUGAAUUGAGUCCAGUGGUGGCGUGCUUUACACCACUACAUCCGAAGCUUUGCAUUGAACUUGGUGCACUUUGUGGCAGAGUUGCUGUCAUUCCCAGUUGCUUCCAAAUUGUUAUAAUACCACUAACAGUUGACCUUGGAAUAUUUAGUAGCAAGGAAAUUUCACAGAUGGACUUAUUGCACAGGUGGCAACCUAUCACGGUACCACGCUUGAAUUCACUGAGCUCCAGAAAAUGACACAUUCUUUCACAAAUGUUUGUAGAAGCAGUCUGCAUGCCUAG